CAAGGAAUUUGUCUUGGUGCACAUGCUCUCAAUGUACAUAAAAGAAAAGAUACGUUUCAUCAAGGUACAACAUUUACAACACAAUUGAUGGUCAAUAUAUCAAUAUAAAUUAUAAGGAUUGCCAGCAACAAGUUAUAGUCAUACAGUCAUAAGUGGAAAGAGAUUGGUGAUGGGAACUAUGAAACGAUUAAUAGUAGUGCAGAUUCAGUAAAUAGUCUGACAGUGUUGAGGGAAUUAUUUGUUUAGCAGAGUGAUGGCCUUCGGGAAAAAACUGUUCUUGUGUCUAGUUGUUCUGGUGUGCAGUGCUCUAUAGUGUCAUUUUGGCAGGUAAGAAUAAACUCUGAAUGUCAUAGCAGAUUUACAUAAACUUGAGCAUACUGCAGAAGUUUGGUUUAGUAAAAAUUUGUUUAAAAAAGAACAAUAUUACAGAAUUGAAUUAAUUUUCAAAAGGAGCAAACAAAACUUGCUAUAGAGCUGAGCAAUUCCCAUAUGACGAAACAGUGAUACAGGACUGCUGAUUAACAAAGACUCCUGCCAGGCUAUUAAGAACAAAUGUGGUCACAGAUGUCUAAAGCACUUUGGAUUUUUGUCUGUUGCUCAUUUUGUGCUGACCUGGUGCCUGCCUGGAGUUUCCCUCACAAGGUUCUUCGGAAGAAGUUUGCCAUUGCCUCCUUCCUGGGGCUGAGACAAAGUGACUGCCUAGAUAAGUAAAAGCUUAAAAUAUGUACCCAAAGUCUUUAGCAGGACUAAUGGAUCGGAAGAGACAUUCUCCUACUAAAGAUGCCACCAAUGGAAAGAGGCCUUUGCUUGUGUUACGGAGUGUAGCCAUCAGAACUCCACAUAGUGCUGAAGAGAUUCCAAAAACUUCACUUUUGGAAAUAAAAAUGACUGGAGUUUUUGAAAAGCAAAUAACUACUGCUGCACCAUUUCAACCAACCUUGGUAAAGAUCUGUGAUAAUAACAAAAGGCCGAACAUGCCUUCUGCAUACAGCAGCAAAUUAAAUCCUAUUCCUGUAGCACAAUUAUCUUGGAUAUCCCCAGACUGGCAUUAAACAUGCUAAAGGUUCUAACGCUAAAUUAAAUGUUGAACAAGAGAGGGAACAUAGGUGCGUUCCAUGUUUCCUGUGUUUACAUAAGAGACAAUCUUAUUAGCCUCUCAAAGGACUAAAACAAUAUUGUUCAUCCCGGAUCCCGUUAUCAACUGCUCCAUGCGACACUGAAACUGGAAACAUAAUAAUAAAAAUGUUACAAUCAAUCUUGGCUCCCCCUUUAAACAAAAGCUUGGCUUAUGUGCUACUUCAUUUGUAACAAAUCGUCUGUUUAUCCAGAGGUGGCAACGGACGCUCAGGCGCUCCGGGAACGCUCUUCUCCACGGCAGCUGAAGGAGGGCAGGAGGGCGGCCGGGCGUCUCUUCUGAUCAGGCCCUCGCUUUGCCUUCUUUCCUCGGCCUAAGCACACGAGCACCGGGAAAGGUCAGGAAGAAGCCCGGCUCUCUGGGGGAGAGGAAGGCCAAGCCUCCGAAAGAAAAUCCGGCCGGAGCUCCUGGCUUCGGAUCCCUCUGGCCAUUGGCGGCCAAGGUUUCCUCCCUCCCCGUCCCCCCCCCGGGAAGCAGACCUUCAACUUUGGGAAUGCCGAGGCCCCCUCCAGCCCCGCCGGCCGCUCUGCCUGGGCUACUGGGUUCCCACCUUCCGCUCCUCCCCUUCCCCAACAGUCCGCGGGAAGCGAGCGGAGCGGCCUUCGCCAGCCCAGGCAGGGCGGGCCACAAAGGCUUCUCGGCAGCCCAGGAUGCGGAGCCUGGCCAGAUGGAGCGCUGCCCUGGGCUUCCUGGCGCUCCUUCAGCCCGGCCGGGCCUUCUGGCUCCUCAACGUGCUCUUCCCGCCCAGCACCACCCCAGAAGCCGCCGCCUCCAACAGGACGCCCCCCGUGGUGCUGGUGCCCGGAUACCUUGGGAAUCAGCUGGAGGCUAAGUUGGACAAGCCAGAUGUGGUGAACUGGAUGUGUUACCGCAAGACCGAUGAUUACUUUACCAUCUGGCUGAACCUCAACAUGUUCCUGCCUUUUGGAGUGGACUGUUGGAUCGACAACACAAGACUGAUUUUCAAUAAAACCACCCGGAGCAUAACCAACGCCCCUGGAGUCCACAUCAGAGUUCCUGGGUUUGGCCAGACCUUUUCCGUGGAAUACCUGGAUGGUGGCAAAUUGGCCGGCUACAUGCACACCCUGGUGCAGCACCUGGUCAACAACGGCUAUGUGCGCGAUCAGAGCGUGAGAGCGGCUCCCUAUGACUGGAGGCUUGGCCCCACCGAGCAAAAGGUCUACUAUUCCAAGCUGCGGGGCCUCAUUGAGGAGAUGUUUGAAGCCUACCAGAAGCCGGUUUUCCUGAUCGGCCACAGCCUUGGCAACCUCCACAUCCUCUACUUCCUGAUCCAGCAGCCGCAGGCCUGGAAGGACCGUUUUGUUCAGGGCUUCGUUUCCCUAGGGGCCCCCUGGGGGGGAAUAGUGAAACCCAUGCGGAUCAUGGCUUCAGGUGACUAUCAGGGCAUUCCUAUUAUGACCAACAUUAAAUUGCGUGAAGAAAAGCGAAUAUCCACAAACACUCCCUGGGUGUUCCCCACCCACACAGCCUGGCCAGAGACGCACGUCUUCGUUUCUACCCCUUUCCACAACUACACCUACAGGGACUACCAGCAGUUCUUCCAUGAUAUCAACUUUGAAGACGGCUGGUUCAUGUGGAAUGACAGCAAGGAGCUGCUGGCAGGGCUGCCAGCCCCAGGCGUGGAGGUCUUCUGCCUCUUUGGCACUGGACACCCCACUCCAGAGACCUACAUUUACAAUGACCGCUUUCCCUACGAGGACCCAGUGGAUAUUAUCUAUGGGGACGGGGAUGAGAUGAUUAGCUGGCGCAGCAUAGAGAUGUGCAAAGAGUGGCGCAACCAGCAGCAUGAGAAGGUCCAUGUCCUGGAGCUGCCAGGAGCUGAGCAUCUCAACAUGGUCUUUGACAACCGUACUCUACAAUACAUCAGUGAAAUCCUGUCCGGGAACCUGGAGAAUGUGACUGCUACACAAGACCUGGGCGGAAGAGCCCUCUGAAUCCCCGUGGAAGGGAAGCCCUCCCCACUGAGAAACUGGCUGCUGUUUCUUCUGCUAGUGUGGGGAGGAACAUGAACGCUCCCAUGGCCACCGCACUGAAGCCUUCCCUACGUUGGAGAGACUCAAGGGUUGGCUGCCCCCCGCUCCGUGUUUGGUUUUAAUAUGAUAGUUCCCAUUUCCCCACCAUAGUUUGAAGAGACAAGUAGCCCAGAGCACACGCACUUAACAGGUUUCUGCAGAGUAGCAGCAACUUUUCAGAAAUCAUCAUGGUAUGUGGCAAAGAUCUUGGAAGGCGGCCUAGAGACCCUGCCCAGGGAAUGGUCAGAUAAGAGAUGGCAUAGCCUGCAGCUGUAUGGUGGGUGGAGCAAGAGACCCUCCCUAGUUUCUCACGCUGUAAAGGAGACAAUGGGAGAGUUGUAACUGCAGACUUGCAAGCUUCUGUUAAUAUAAUUUUACAAUAAAGUAGAAUUAGUACAUCUGG